AUGUCGGACCAGAACAACCAACAAAAGGGCUUCUUCGGCACCGCAGCAAGCGGCCUCGGUAACACCCUAGGCGCGGCAACAAACACCGUCGGAAAGGGUGUCCAAGGUGUCACUGAUGCCACCGGCAACGUUGUCGCAGCCGGUGGUAAGGGUCUUGGUGACGCGGUGACUGGUAUUACGCAGGGUGCUGGUGAUACUACUAAAGCGGCUGGUAACUUCGUUGGCGACACCACCAAGGCUGGUGGCAAGAGUGUAGGCAUUGAGCAGAAGGGCACGAACCAGACUGGUGGACAGUAG